AUGUUCGAUGUGAAGAGCGUGCACGAAAGGGAUACGGAGGAGCUUCUGGCUCUCCUGUCGGACAUUGCGAGGGCAAUGUCCGACAUAAACGACAUCGUGAUGGAAAUCGGAACGACCAAGAUCGCCCACGCUUGUGGGGCGGCACAAGCGGAGGUCCUCAAUCAGAACGCGGCGGUGGUCGCGGAGCUGAAGAACCGGGACCAAAACUCGCGAAAAAAAGCGGAGUCCACCGAGGGACCGCGCAAGAUCGAGAAAAAAAUUUUGGAGUACAUCCUGGCGACCGCGCGAGCGUUGAUCGAGUAUAUCCUCGACCAGGCUCAAUAAUAAUCGAAUAUUCUACACAUAUAAAAACGUGAAUCGACAAAUAAAAAAUCUUUGAAUGUCUGUCUUUAUAUCCGGGUACCCUAUACACUCGAAAACGGCUGAACCGAUCGUCGUGGUUUGGGAGCGUGUUCUGUGAA